GUGACGUCAUCACGAUGCGUCACACGUCCGCCGAAUGUGUGCGGAAGAACUUUGAAUACACCCCCUGCAGACGAGUGUCCGCCAUGUCUCAGGCCGCCCCGGCCAUAAUGUCUGUCAGCCCCAGCCGGGCCCUAGUGGAUGAGGCGUUCAUGGUGCUGGUGGAGAAUCUGCCUCCAGGAGCUCCUGUGACCCUGCGCUCCCUCCACCAAUCAGAGGACAAAGACCACUGGGAGGCUUACGGCCACUACGUCAGCGACCCCACGGGGGCGGUGUCUGUCACAGACGACUUGAGCCUCGGAGGGACUUACCAAGGAAAAGAAGCCAUGGGUCUGCUGUGGAGCAUGCGGCCUGUUCCUGGCAGCCGUACGGGCCUCAGGCUGCGGAAGUUGAACGUGUGCAGCCCCAUGCUGGUCGCCAUCUCCGCCUACAGUGGCCAUGUUUGCGACGAUUUCAGCCAGCAGCCUCCUCUGGCCACCGUGCUCACAGAGCGAUGGUACAUGGCGCCGGGGGUCUGUCGGCUCGACGUCAAGGACAGAGGGGUACGAGGGACCCUCUUCAUUCCUUCAGGUCCAGGACCCUUCCCGGGGAUGCUGGACAUGUGGGGGGGCGGCGGGGGGCUUCUGGAGUAUCGCUCGGCCUUGUUGGCGUCGCACGGUUAUGCCUCUUUGGCGUUGGAGUAUUUUGCCCCCGGCGAGCUGGCGUCCACUGACUUGGAGGUGGACUACUUUGAAAAGGCCUUUGAAAUGGUCAGGCAGCAUCCCGCAGUCAUCCCAGACAAGGUGGGAAUUCUGGGCCUCUCCCUCGGCACUACAGUCGCCAUGUAUUUGGCGUCCGAGAGCACCGUCGUCAAGCCAACGUGUUGCGUUUGCAUCAGUGGCAGCCAUUUCUACCCACGAGGCAAAACCCUGAGCGGAGUCCACGGAGAUGUUCGAAAGAUCCGCAUGGAUGAGAACCAGAAUCUGAUAUGGCGAGACCUCUUGGAAGUCUCCAGCGACCUGUCAGGGAAAAUGGACGUGAGGAGAAUUAAUUGUCCAAUCUUGUUGGUCAACGGCCUCGAUGACCAGAACCAAGCCACUGUGGAGUUUGCUGAGGAUAUUUUCCAGAUGAUGCGUUCAGUUGGGAAAGACCACCUCUUGACGCGUCUAGAGUACCCUGGCACGGGACACCUGAUCGAGCCGCCAUAUUCGCCUCACUUUAGAGCUACCAACUUCAUGUGGGACAGCAAAAAGGCCAAAGUGACCCUACUGUGGGGCGGACAAACCAAGGCGCACUCGCACGCUCAGGAGGACUCGUGGAGGAAGAUUUUGGCGUUUCUGCAGCAGCAUCUGUACUCCAGACCGAGUCCAAGAGCCAGGAUGUGAAGCGGAGCCUCACCAUGACGUGUGGGACCAUCAGAUGGUGGGCUCUUGUUUCUCACUAUGAUCAUGGACACCAUCUUAUUGUGUUGGUGUGGACACAUCAGUUUGCUUGGAUCACAAAGCCCAACAAUGCUUAACAGCUAAGUAGUCACACAACUACACUGGGUUUUUUUUUUUUACAUUUUAGGAGACAUUCGUAUUCCAACACUCCAAAAACAAUUUGAACAAUAAUUUGCAAAUGUAUUAGACAAAACGUGUGCCUAAGUAGUCACAGCCUUUUUCCUUCCACAAACUUAGCACAUUCUUAGGCAUACUUGCCAACCCUCCCGGAUUUUCCGGGAGACUCCCGAAAUUCAGCGCCUCUCCCGAAAACCCCCCUGGACACAUUUUCUCCCGAAAAUCUCCCGAAAUUCAGGCGGACCUGGAGGCCACGCCCCCUCCAGCUCCAUGCGGACCUGGAGGGUCUGCAUGGAGCAAUGUUGUUGUAAUAUAUUGAGUUGGAGGCAAUAACCAGGCGAGGGGAUGAAGUACGUCUCUUUACUGUAGACUUCAGAACAGACUCACACACUUGACGUCAGGUGCGCAACACCACGUAAAUCGUUGGCCAACCAAAAAGUAACCCCAGUACGCUAUAGCCAACAUUCACCAGGAGAUGGCAACAGACAAACAUAGAUCACUCUAUUACAUUCCAGUCUCUCCAUGUUUUCUCGCCAUGGUAACAUGUGAUCCUCAUGCACUGUGCGCUGUCUCUGUCC